AUGGUGGUCGCAACCAUCAAGUGCGUUGUCGUCGGCGACGGUGCCGUCGGCAAGACAUGUCUUCUCAUCAGCUACACCACCAACAAAUUCCCCUCGGAAUACGUGCCGACCGUUUUCGACAACUAUGCCGUCACCGUCAUGAUCGGCGAUGAGCCCUAUACCCUGGGACUGUUCGAUACCGCUGGACAGGAGGAUUACGACCGUCUGCGUCCUCUCUCAUACCCCCAAACCGACGUUUUCCUCGUCUGCUUCAGCGUUACCUCCCCUGCGUCAUUCGAAAACGUUCGCGAGAAGUGGUUCCCCGAAGUGCACCACCACUGCCCUGGCGUCCCCUGCCUCAUUGUCGGAACCCAGGUCGAUCUGAGAGAUGACCCCAGCGUUAGAGAGAAGCUUGCCAAGCAGAAGAUGGCCCCAGUCCGUCGAGAGGAUGGUGAGCGUAUGGCAAAGGACCUCGGCGCAGUUAAAUACGUCGAGUGCAGUGCGUUGACGCAGUACAAGCUGAAGGAUGUGUUUGACGAGGCCAUCGUUGCUGCUUUAGAGCCUCCGGCGCCCAAGAAAAAAUCCCACAAGUGCCUUGUUCUAUAA